CCAAAAUUAUAUAUAAAAUGGAAGGAAAACUACCUUUGAUCAUGGGAGGAGUCUCUCUCCUCGUUGGUGGAGCUUUCUUGUUCCACUACCUGACUAAUGAUGAUGCUGCAGAAGAAGAGAACCUUCUCUCCGGUGAACUAUCAGAGUUUGGUUCUGUCGAGAAAGAUGCUAAUGGCAUGGUAAAGUUUGACGACUUCUUAAAGAUCUUCAAGCUUGUCACUAGACACUCUAAACUCCAGAUUGCAAACUUUAAGGCUAAGAAUAAUGAUAAGAGGAGGCAAUUCUUGAAGGAUGGAGAUGAAGAUGGCUAUAGGGACUGCAUUAAACAACAAAUCUCUCAAGAAGAGACUAUUUACCAAGAAGUUGCGACUGAAGUCCUCAACUACCUAGACAUUGAAGAGCAAGAGUUCAUGAUGGCCCAACAAAUGCAUCAGAUGAACCCUCAGUUCCAGAAGACAAUGAUGGAAAUGCAAAUGGGUACUGAAGAAGGAGACGAUGCUCCUCCAAAAGUCACAAAGGAAGUAGCAAAAGAGAUUUUUAUUUAUGUCGAAGAUGAAAAGGCAAAGUCCAUGGCUAACAUGAAGGGAGCCGGUGGAAUGUUCGGCAACCCAAAUGAUGCAGAGGGAACAAUUAACAUGAUAGUUGAACAUUCCAAGGUUGGAGAUAAGUUAUUUGAGAAGUAUGGUAUUGAGGAAGAAGAGUUUGCAAAGUGUAUUCAAUACUAUAAUUUGAUCCAAGAUCCGGAGAUCCAAAAGGUAAUGCAGAAGAGUUUACAAAAUAUGGGCCCAGAAGCUAUGGCAAUGCUAGCACAAAUGCAGGGUGGCGCCCCAGGAGGAGCAGCCCCAGGAGGAAUGGGUUUUUAAUAAAGUUGAUUAAAUCUUCAAAGUGUUUCUUU